AUCUUCACAGAUGCACGACUUUCAAUUGACACCAAUCAAUAUACAAUGUCGUUUCUGCUGUGAGCUUCCAGAAGCGUGCGUGGAAAUUCACAAGGCUCAUGCAGAGCGCUCUCAUCGAUCCUUGAUUGACCUGGAUGUGGGCCAACCGAUUUUGCUCACCGCGGAUUCUCUCUUUGCGGAUUAAACGUGACCUCCGUACAGUCACAUCAUUCACCCUUCACCCUACAGCUUUCUGCACUUGGAUCCUUCCCGCUUCGUGCCGUAUGUCGACGGAAGCACGAGACGAGCCGAUCCCCAAACGUCGCAAAAUCUGCAACUCACCGAAGCUGCCCUCUGUAAAGCUCUUUUCAACCACGGCAUCCCCAGCAACAAUGAAUCAAACCACCCUGGAAUUGACCGAAGUCGAAACAAAGUUACGCCAGUUGCUCCUCGAUGUUGCUGCCUACAUUGACGAGAGUGUUGGCACUGGGCCCAUCGAGAGUGCAGUCAAGGUCCCUGAUGAACUCGCUCACGAAAAGGUUGUACUCCGCUUCACCGGAGGAUGGGUGCGAGACAAGCUGCUCGGCGUCGGUAGCCAGGACAUCGACGUUGCCAUCAAUAAGAUGACCGGAGAGCAUUUCGGAUUGAAGAUGCUGGAGUAUCUGGACAUCCCUGGGAACGCCGCCAAGUACGGCCUAGAAGAGAGAGCGGAGAGCCCAAAACCGAACGAGAGUGAUUCAAAGCCCAAAGCAGAGAAUGGGAAACCAAAGAAAGAGAACGGGAAGUCGGAAGCAAGGCAGAAGAGCAGGAAGGUUGGCAUCGGCUUGACCAAGAUCCAAGCGAACCCGGAUAAGUCCAAGAAUCUUGAGACAGCUACAACUAAGAUCAUGGGAAUCGACCUGGAUCUUGUCAAUCUACGAAAGGAAACCUACAACGAGGUCAGCCGGAACCCUGAAAUUGAGUUUGGAACGCCCGAAGAAGAUGCUAUGCGUCGCGACGCGACCGUGAACGCCAUGUUCUAUAAUCUGAAUACCUCCACCAUUGAGGAUUUCACGGGGCGCGGUUUCCAGGACAUGGAGGCAAAACUAAUACGGACGCCCUUGGAACCUUAUCAAACCUUCAAAGACGACCCCCUUCGCAUUUUGAGGCUCAUCAGGUUCGCAAGUCGCUUGGGUUAUACGAUAGACCCAGAAACGGAGCGCGCCAUGUCCAACGCGGAGAUAGGAGAGGUGCUCAGAAUAAAGAUCAGCCGCGAGCGGGUUGGCAUCGAACUGGAGAAGAUGCUCAAGGGACCAGAUCCUCUUCGAGCCAUGUCCCUCAUUGACCGUCUUGGCCUCUACCACACCAUCUUCACCGACCCUACCAGAGAGCUCGGAUCUGCCCCUGACCUGGCACACUUCUCGCCGGCUUAUAACUUCGUCCAUACAAUAACGUCUCAAGAGGCGUCUGAUGUUCCUUCCAUAAUCCCACAGACACUCGCUCGCGAUGCUGAUGAACGGUAUCUUGCGUGGAUUUGCGCCGCACUGAUGCCAUGGGCAGAUGCUCCCACAGUUCCUCACCAUAAACCCACUCAACGACCACACUAUGCUGCCUAUCUUGUUGCCCGCGAUGGCUUCAAGGCUCCAAAUAGGGUCUGCGAUGUCAUUUCGGCGUCUCUUCGACAUGGAGAAGAAAUUCGCCAAAUGGUGGACCGUUGCUACGACAAAAUCAAGCGACCUAAUGCAACAAAAGUAGCAGAUGCCGCGACUGCCAGGGACACCUUGGGUAUGGCUAUUCGCCGCUGGGGUGCUUCUUGGCGUACGCAGGUGCUUUUCAAUUUAAUCUACGAGGUAGUGUUGGGGUUUGUUUCACGGGACCGUCUCCUGGAUUCAUACGCCACCUUUCUGAACCAAGUGAUCAAAUACAACAUUCUCGAAGCCCACACCUUCCGACCUCUUCUCACAGGCACCGAGCUCGCCCAAGCUCUUAACACCAAACCUGGUCCCUGGAUGAAAGACGCCCUCGACGUCGUCAUGGCCUGGCAACUCCGCAACUCGGACGUGACCGACCCCACCGAGGCCAUCGCGGCCGUCAAAGCAAGCAAGGAGGGCGGCGAGUCAAAAACCAGUGAGCUCUCCUCUAGCCUUGCCACUCACUUCCUCACGCUUACCGUCCGACCUCUCUUCUCGCAGACAAAAUCUCCUCCUGAUAUCACGCCGGCGGGCCACAAAGCCCCGACUUUAGACCACACUUUCAGACAGCGUCACCACUGGGAGCCUGAGCCAUGGAAAGACACACACAAUGCAUAUGUUAUAGACCUUUUCCGCUGGACCCUUUCGAUCCUAGAUCCUAAAAGUAUAGAGCAGAAUUGGGCUCUCCUCAUUCCGCCAAUCCUCAAAAUGAUGGACGAUAUCUCCCUGCCUUGGAAGGCGAGAGGAGUCGCUCUCCUCACCCAGCUCCUCAAAUCCACACCUCCACCCCUCCUCGCCCGCACCGGCCUCGGCGCCCUUUUCGAAGACUCCCUCUUCCCACUCUUCACGUAUCUCCCUACUCUGACUCCAGAAGACGAAUCGUGCCAACUCCUAGACAACGCAUUGCCGGCCCUCCUGGCGCUGGGUGACGUCUUAUAUCCAUCUCCUGAUUCACCAUCGCCAUCGAAACCCUUCACAUUCACUCCACCCAACACCAAAACUCCUGAAGAACCGCCGUCCGCCCUCUCCACGCCCCUCGAGCGCUUCCUCGACCGCACACUCCGCCUCGCCAUCCUCGCGCCCCUCUCUCACGCCCACCCAUCCACGUACCCGCGUCUCGCUACAACUCUACUUCUCCAUCUCCCUGCUCUGAUAGAUAAAAUGGGUAUAAACGCCGUUAAACAUCUGCAGCCGCUAACCACGCUCCUCUCGAAUAUCCUCUUUGAACCCUUCGGGUUGGCGUAUCCCCCUCUCAUGGUUGCAGCGGCGCAGGGAUUGCAGAGGGUGGUGGCGAAUACGUGGCCUAGGGUGAGUGUGUAUAGGGGGGUAAUUGUUAAGGGGUGUGUGGGUGCUUGGGGAAGGUGUGUGGAGGAAGAGGGAGACGGAAAGGAGGGUGUGGAGGAAGUGAAGAGGGAGAUUAAAGAGUUGAUGGCGAUGGUGGAGGCGGUAUUGGAAGCGGAUGAAGAGACUAGGAAGGUGUGGAGGGGUGAGAAGGAGGAGUUGAUUAAGAUUGAUGAGACUCUGAAGGGCUUGUUUGAGAAGAGUAGGAGGGGUGGAUCUGAGCAGGGGCACUGAGGGCUGAGGUUGUAGGAUAGAGAGAGGAGUGAAGGGUCCUGAAUUAAGUAUGGCUGGGGUAUUCAG